AUGUCAGAGCCGCCGCCAUCACCCGGGGGAAAGAAAAAGGUUCCAAAGCAUCUUCGCCAUGCCAUUUCUAGUCGGAACAAGGUGGUGACGGCAACACGCUCAAAGCGUAAGCCUCGAGUGUAUCUGGUAAAGCGAUUCACGGGAGAGCCCAUGCGCGAAUGGGUGCAACGAAACCUCGAAAGUUCCUUGGCUGGCAACACUUUCAGUGCUACCAUGGCCAUUUUGAGUACUUUCCAGGCUCUAUUUCACGUUAGUCUCAACUGGACAGGACUCCGAAUUGGACUCGAUUCAUGGAUGCAAGAGGUUGAUUUCAGCCUGAACUUGGUUUUCACUCUCGAGUACAUCGUUCACGUGUAUGCGGCGUUCGAUCGCCUCGAGUACAUCGUGAGUUUCUUUCCGCUUGUCGAGUUUGCUGUAGUUCUGCCUUCGUGGUUUGACCUCAUCACCACGCACACACCCAGCAUCGACUACGCUGAUACUCUUCCUCAGGUUUCUCGGAUGUUGCGUCCUCUACGCUUCAUUCGUAUUUUUCGACUUGUGCAGUUUGCGACAUCAUCUCUUCAACAACAAGCUUGGGCUGCGAUGCUCACUAUUGUUUCUAUUGUCUUCACAACAGCUGGUGUGGUACAAGCAACCGAGGCUUGUCUCCAAGAGUGUGAUGGAGAGCCAAAAGUGUGCAAAUGUCGCGAUCUGUCGUUCCCGAAUUUACUCUACUUUGUGGUUGUCAGUAUUUCAACGCUAGGCUAUGGUGAUAUCUCUCCAGUGUCCAUGAUUGGCAAGUUCGUUAUCGCCUUUGUUAUCCUUUUCACGUUCAUUGUCGUGCCGAUCCAAGUGAACCGUAUUCAGGCCACUAUCACAUCGCACACAGACUACUCGUCUGCUUAUUCUGAGGCCAAGCUACACCCGCACGUGAUCCUCACCGGAUUCGUCAAUGCUGACUCGCUCUCGGUAUUUUUCGGUGAGUUUUUUCAUCCCAGCAAUCUCAAUUGGAACGAGCGAGUGGUGAUUCUCAACGCCGCUCCACCCACACCCGAAAUCAACAAGGUGUUGCACGUAUAUGACAGUAAAGUCCAGUACAUUGUGGGCUCUCCAAUGCUGGAUGAGGACUUAACCCGAGCUGUUUUGAGCGAUGCGAGCGCUUGUUACGUCCUUGUGAACCGACAGUCUUCACGUCCACAAUAUGCUGAUCAGUGCUGUGCACUUAUAACAAUUGCUCUACGUCGUGGAAACCCUACUUGCCCAAUCUACGCGCAAAUUAUCAACUCUCGGAACGCUGCUACGUUGCUCAAAAUGGGUGCUAGUGACGUGAUAGUAGUCGGGAUGCUCAAGUUUUCGAUUCUAGGACGAAGUUGCCAGGUGAACGGGCUGCCAACACUUCUUCUUAACCUGCUUGCUCAAUGCAACAGCGAUCUGGAUAGUCAUCAUUCAUCUCUGCAAUGGCAGCGUCAGUAUCUCCAUGGCUACAUGCACGGUAUCUUCCUUGUUGAUAUCCCACGAACCUUCUCGAGUCUUACAUUUGGAGACCUCAUUCGCUUCCUGUACGACAAGGCGUCUAUAAUUCCACUAGCGAUGCUAACUGAUGAUGGAGUGCGCUUUAUCGACAUGGACUUCAAACUUGGUGCCACCGCGGACCCGAACCUUUGCUGUAAGGUAUACGCCAUUGCUAAGGGUCUCAGUGCUGUCGAAGGUGUCAUGAAGAUCCCACCGGAGCAGAUUCUGUCGUAUCGCAAAGGUAUGCGUCGUAAAGGCAAGUCAACAUCGGCUAGUAAUUUGAUGGACAUGAAAAAAAUCAAGCCCGCGCUGGGCAAUGAGGUCGAGCAGAUCCGCGAGAGUAUCAUCAACAUGUACACUGUCGCUGAAGACUACGACGUAGAAGCUGCGAUGGGUUUGGCUGAAAAAGAUUCCAACGGGUACAACACAAGCUCCCACGAACGUUUAAUGGGGGAAAUGUCGGAGUAUGAGCGCUUUGCAGCGCUAGGAGUGCCUGAGGAUGUCGCUGAUCACAUUGUAGUGUGCGGCUUCCCAUCCGACACUUACCAUUUCAUCAAGACCAUUCGGGAGGUGCCUAUGCCCGACGAUAAUACCCCGUCCCCAGCCGUUGUAUUUCUGGCGUCGAAGUGCCUGGACGAGCGCGAAUUUGAGCGUCUGCGUGGAUUUUGUGACGUGUUUUUUGUGCAAGGUUCACCUGUGAACUUUGGUGAUCUCAAGAAAACUAACAUCCGCUUUGCGAUAUCGGUUUUAAUCCUCACUCAGUCGUCUGAAGCGCAGUACUCAGACCCGAAUAUGGUGGAUGCUGACGCUAUUACCAUUGUGAGGUACAUUGUGGAGAUUAGUCAACGCACACGGAUGCCCAAUCUCGUGGUAGAGUUGGACAAAUCGUCGAAUGUCAAGCUGCUGAGCUCGCUCGCCAAUGAGCGUCGUACGAGCUCUGCCUUCGGGUUACCAGCACUAGUAGUUCGUAACGUAUCAUAUCGUUCUCCUCGACGUGAAAGCGUGUCCACUGUUGCGCGACGUGACUCGUUGUGGUCUUCUCUCGACGAAGGGGACGGCAACACCGACGCCUCACUCGUGCUGGAAGAGUUCAUCGCAUCUGGACGAGUUUUCAUGAAUUCAAUGCUCGAUUCGCUUUUAAGCGAAUGCUACAGGAAGCCGUGGAUCACUCAGUUCCUUCACUUACUCAUCAACGGCAGCGUCAACGAUCUCGAAGAGCGCCGCCUGUUCCAGGUCGAGGCACCUGAUGAGCUGGUGGCUCUAAAAUAUGGCGAAUGCUUUCGCAAGUUCCUUGACAUGGCAAGUUGCAUGAUUAUCGGGUUGUGGCGACCCGAGCGUGGCGUGGUGCUUCCCCACCCAUGUGUCUUUAUUAAUCCUCCCAUGGAACUUCAAAUCGAGCCUGGUGACCUCUUCUUCGUUGUUGGGAAGCCUUUCACCUUCACCUCAAGCCCGGAUAUCUUUUCGCUUUAACAUUAAAGUUGAAGUAAAAGUUGUAUUUUUAUUCGUUUUUUCACGAAUCAAAACCCG